CAGUUGAACGGUGUGGGCGGCCUCACCCACACGAGCAUCUAUGAGACAUGGGCCAGGGACUACCGCUUUGUGCGCGACGACAUCAGCCUUGUCUACCAGGGGAUGAACGACACCGACGCGAUGACCGCGUACACAGCCGGGCUAGCGGACUUCUGGAGCACCGACCGAGCCAUCACCGCCGACGACCUGCCCGAGAUCGACCAGGUGAUCCAGUUUCCCGUCUUCGCCCAGGCUCUCGUGAUAGGCUACAACGUGCCAGCAAUCGCCUCCGCCGGCGAUCCCAACCUGGUGAUGGAUAGGGAGACAAUAAGCCGCAUCUGGACCGGAGCGAUCACGAUGUGGAACGACAGCGCCAUCCAAGCGCUCAACCCGGCCGUAGCCGCCCGGCUGCCGGCCGAACCCAUUACACUGGGCUACGGACCCGACCACCGGCUGGCGAUCAUGAGCGUGGCCAAGGCCGCCUUGAGCAGCUUCAGCCAGGAGUUCCGCACGGCCAUAGCCGAGGCCAACGGCUCGUUUGCCCUCAUGGCGCCCGCGAGGGAGGGCCGAGCGUUCGACGCCGGCUACAGCAGCUCGCUUCGCAUCGAGUGGAUGCGGGCACACCCCAACUGUCUGCUGUUUCUUCGCUAUGCCACGGCAGUCGGUGGUGGCGUGCGAUUCGUGCGUAUUAUCAACAAGGCCGGGCGCCAGGUAGAGGCGAAUACGACCUCGGUCCAAGCGGCCAUGGCCGCCCACGCGACCCAGUUCGCCGAGGGCAAUGUGGUCGCGGACAUCACCGACGCCGAGGGCCUGGCCUCCUGGCCGUUCGCCUACAUGAACUACGUCGCCGUGUGGAAGAACUGGACCACCUUCGACUGCACCAACAGCCAAGAAUUACUUGGCUUCCUUGCCUGGAUGCUCACCAAUGACGAGGCCUCGCAGGUGGUGGAAGGCAUCAACUUCGUGCCACUCGACUUGAGCGUGCGCAAGAGCGCGCUCGAGCUGCUCAACCAGGUCCAGUGCAACGGAGAGGGGGCCUUCGGCAAGGACUACCUCAUCGGCACGGGACCAUCGCUCUCGGUCUACACCUCGUGGGCCGUCGCCAGCGGCGCGCAGGAGGGCGCCACCAUCAAAUUCUACCUCUCCAAUUCGCUGCUGGCCAAGAAUCGCAUGGCGACCAACAGCGUCGACUUUGGCGCCACGAGCAACGGCCUCUCCGAGGAGUGGUACGCUUCGACCGAAGGCUUGGCCCUGACCCCAGUCGUCGUCUACGCAUUCGCUCCAGGAUACAAUGUGCCGGAGGUGAACAAUAUGAUGCUGGUGCUGGACUUUGAGACGAUCGCGUCGAUCUACCUGAACGAGAUCACUAUGUGGAACGACCCGCGCAUCCAGGCCAUCAACUCGCCCGAGGUCGCCGCCGCGCUGCCCGCGCAGCCCAUCACCGUGAUCACGCAGUCCAUCAGCUCGGCCAUCACCCAGCUGCUGACCGAAAUGCUGAGCGCCACCGUCCCGCGCUUUGCCGCAGCGGUGGGCGCAGCGGCCUUGGUGCAAUUCCCUGUGGAAGACGCGACCAACCGCUCGGUGACCACUGCCGAUCUCGAGGGCGUCAUUCCGAUCUUGUCGUCGCGGCCCUACACCUUCGCCUUUUGGGACUACCAGGACCUCACCCUGACGCGGGGUGUAGCGACAGCGAUGAUCAUCAAUCCAGCCGGCCGUGCGGUGAGUCCCACCAUCGAGGCACUCCAGAGCGCGCUCCACGACUACGCAGACACGCACACGAACCCCCAAUACGCGGGCAUCUUGCUGGGCGCCAGCGAGGGGAGCUGGCCACUGGCCACGUUCGGUUCCUUCUUCUACCGCCAGUACAAGAGCGGCGGAGAUUGUUCGAAGGCGCGGGCGCUCGCUGACUUCCUCUCCUGGUCGCAGACCAACGCACUCGCACAGAAGAUCGCACACAGACAAAAGUUUGCGCUGGCUACGGAAGAUGCGAGGCUCAUGCGACGUUUUCUGGCCCAACUGAAGAACCUGACCUGCGACGGCGUUCCAGUGAGCGAUCUGUACAACUGCAUCGACGCCAACAACCUCGAGAUCUGUUCCAGCGCCGGCGUGUGCAUGCGCAACGAGUGCGUGUGCGACAGCGGCCGCAGCGGACACUACUGCGAGAGCUUCCUUACCGACCCCGCCAGCAGCGACAGCAUUGCCCCACAAAUCGCAGGUGGGGCGGUGGCGAUAGGACUCGCCCUGCUGUGCCUGCUGUGCGCGUUUAUCGCGGUACUGGUGGUGGUGACCAGGCGGCGGCGGCGGCUGGACGACGACUGGGAGAUCGACUUUGACGAGGUGGAGAUCGGCCCGCUCCUGGGCGCCGGCGGCUACGGACAAGUGCACAAGGCCGUGUGGAAGGGCACCGAGGUGGCCGUCAAAAUGAUGGCCUCCGAGAAGAUCACCAAAGACAUGGAGAAGUCCUUCAAAGACGAGGUGCGGGUGAUGACGGCGUUGCGGCACCCCAACGUGGUGCUCUUCAUGGCGGCCUCGACCAAGCCGCCCAAGAUGUGCAUCGUCAUGGAGUUCAUGGCCCUCGGCUCCCUCUUUGACUUGCUGCACAACGAGCUGGUAGGCGACAUCGAGUUCGCGCUCAAGGGCAAGAUGGCCUACCAGGCGGCCAAGGGCAUGCACUUCCUCCACUCGUCGGGCAUCGUGCACCGCGACCUCAAGUCGCUCAACCUGCUGCUCGACGCCAAGUGGAACGUCAAGGUGAGCGACUUUGGUCUCACCAAGUUCAAGGCCGAUCUCGACCGCCACCAGAACAACAACCGCGGCAGCGGCGCACGCGACGCGCUGGGCAGCGUGCACUGGAUGGCGCCCGAGGUGCUGGCCGAGUCACCCGACGUCGACUUCGCCCUGGCCGACGUCUACUCCUUCGGCGUCAUUCUGUGGGAGCUCCUCACCCGCCGUGAACCCUACCAGGGCAUGACGCCGACGGCGGUGGCUGUGGCGGUGAUACGGAACAACGCGCGUCCGACGACGCCCGAGCGGGCCGAUGACGAUGAUGAAGGUGAUGACGCGCCCGAGGAGUACCGAGACCUGAUGACGAGCUGCUGGGACUCGAACCCGGCCCUGCGCCCGACCUUCCUCGAGGUCAUGACCCGCCUCGCCGCCCUCCACGAAGUCGGCUCGCUCCGCUCAUCCCUCCUCGGCAGCCCGUCGUCGCCCACCACCACGUGCCGACUCUCGUCCGCGUCGUACGACGAUAGCGACGACCGCUACAGCGCCGACUCGUCCGAUACCGACCGAGGCUCGCCGACGCGCUUCGGCCCAGGCCUGGUGAAGUCAUCGGCGUCGCCGCCGCUGCCGCCGCUGCCGCCGCCGGUGGGCGACGUUACGAUCGUGUGCACGGACGUCAGCCGCGCGGCCUCGCUCUGGGAGUUCGACGCCGAGGCCAUGCGCGACGCCACGAUCCUGCACAACCACAUCCUGCGGGCCGCGCUCGAGCGGCACUGCGGCUACGAGGCCGUCGGCUGUGGCGGCGGCGGCGAGGGCUCGUUCUGCGUGGCCUUCCAGCGGGCCGCCGACGCGCUGGCCUGGUGCGCCGACGUGCAGCGGGCGCUGCUCAAGGUCGGAUGGCCCGAGGCGCUGCUGGGCCACCCGGGCGCGGGCCGGGUGGUGUUCGAUGCAGAUGACCGGCGGCAGCAGCGUCAGGUGGUGUUCAAAGGCCUGCGGGUGCGGAUGGGCCUGCACGCGGGGUCGCCCAAGGUGGUGCGCGACCCGAUGACGAGCCGGGUGGACUACGGGGGGCCGGUGGUGGACGCCGCGGCGCGGAUCACGGCCAUGGCCCACGGCGGCCAGGUGGUGCUGAGCCGCUCCGUCUACGACCAGCUCAGCGGCGCCGGGACCGACGCCAAGGCCCGCACGCAACGCCUGGGCAAGCAUGUCGUCGGCAGGUCGACAAAAGCGAUGGCGCUGUACGAGUUCAAGGUGGAGGAGCUCGAAGGACGUCAGUUCGCUGGCCUCCUGUCAGACAACGCGGCGGCGGAAGAGGCCGAUGGCCGGGGUCGGCGCCGGCACAGCGAUUCAAAGACUGGCCACCACAGGGAAGAGGGGGAGGAGGAGGCGACCUGCCUGGCGUCGGCCAACCUGUGCCGCUGGAUCAUCGACUGGCACGAGGUCCAGGUGGGCCGGCAGGUCGGGCUCGGGUCGUACGGCGUGGUCUACCGCGGCAAGUGGAAGGGCGUCGACGUGGCAGUCAAGCGGUUCAUCAAGCAGAAGCUCGACGAGCGGCGCAUGCUCGAGUUCCGCGCGGAGGUGGCCUUCCUGUCGGAGCUCCACCACCCCAACAUCGUCCUCUUCAUCGGCGCCUGCGUGAAGAAGCCGAAUCUGUGCAUCGUGACCGAGUUCGUGAAGCAGGGAAGCCUCAAGGACAUUCUGGCCAACAACGGCGUCAAGCUCACGUGGAAGCACAAGCUGAAGCUGCUCCACGGCGCCGCGCUGGGCAUCAACUACCUCCACUCGCUGCGGCCGAUCAUCAUACAUCGCGACCUCAAGCCCUCCAACCUGCUCGUGGACGAGAACAUGAACGUGAAGGUGGCCGACUUCGGGUUCGCGCGCAUCAAGGAGGAGAACGCCACGAUGACCCGCUGCGGCACGCCCUGCUGGACGGCGCCGGAGAUCAUCCGCGGGGAGAAGUACGACGAGCGGGCCGACGUGUUCUCGUUCGGCAUCAUCAUGUGGCAGGUGGUGACGCGCAAGGAGCCCUAUGCCGGGCGCAACUUCAUGGGCGUGUCGCUCGACGUGCUCGAGGGCAAGCGACCGCAGAUCCCCAACGACUGCCAGCCCGCAGACUUCAUCAAGACGAUGACCCGCUGCUGGCGCGCCGAGCGCGACAAGCGGCCGCCCAUGUCCUCGGUGGUCGAGAUGUUGGCCGACCUGCUGGGCCAUGACCCUCUCGCCCACGCCACUUGA